AUGGCGGCGCCGGCGCUGCCGGUGGCGGAGCCGCUGUCGCGGGGCUCGGCCGAGCCCAACCCCUUCUCCUUCCGCGAGUUCGUCCGCUCCAAGUCCCGCGGCGGUGAUGGGCCGGGCGGUGACACACAGGCGGCUUGGCCCGGGCCCGUCGCGCCCCCGCUGCCCGCAGUGCCCGCAGAGUCGGGGGACGAGCAGGACGAGGAAGAGGAGUGGAGCGAGAGUUACCAGCCGCUGGCCGUGGAGCAGGCCCACCUGGUCACGCUCGGAGCCGCCCCGGGACCGGCCUCUGGCCCCUGCCGGCAGCCGAGCUACGAGCAGUUAAAAGAAGAGAAUGCUAUUUUGAGAAGCAAGAUCAAUAAGCUUCAGAUUCUGUCUGAAACUCAAGCAGACAAGAUGAGGAAGCUUGAGAAGAAGCUGGAGGAAAACAAAAUCAAAGAAGAAAAAGAAGCACAGGAUUUGGAAGCAAUGGUGCAGCAUGUGGAGCAGAAUCUCCAGUUGAUGACUAAACGGGCUGCCAAAGCUGAGAACAGCGCUGCCAAACUGAGACAGGAAAAUGCACAGCUCCAGGCUGAACUGAGGAGUUCCAGGCUGGAGAACGAGGCACUGCGGGCAGGCCAGGCGGGGUUGGCCACGGCCAAGCAGAACGCAGAGGUGGCCCUGCAGCACCUGCUCCAGGUCACAACCAGCUCCAGAGCAUCCAUCAGGCAGCUGCUCUCCGGAGCAGAAUCCCUACAGCUUGUCGCUGAUCUUCUGAAAUCCAUAGACAGAAUCGCUGAGGUGUCAGAGGAUGGACAGUGAUGACAGCGACUCACACAACACGGAGGACUUUGUUUUCAUAUGGAAACCAUUACUAAAACAUUAAUUUUUAAUACUUGGCCUCUUUUCGACAUGCCAAACUGCAGACCUGGCUUCUCCAUCCUUUCCCGCGGUGCAGCCACAACCAACGGAUCCAUAACCCCGGAAUGGACCAGACUACAUCCCCGGUCCUGCUGGGCGGGGACCGCGGCCCCUUCUCCCCGUGCCUCCUGCAAUUCCCCCACGUUUCGGCUGGGACUCCGCCAGCACCGCAAGUUUUUGCUGGGGCUCUCGUCGCCGUUCAGUGCUCUGGUUGUGCUGGGGGAAAGGCCCGUGGGUCCGCU